UGCAAUGUUUGAAGCUGGUUAAGGCGAGAUCAUCAAUAAUGAAAUAUCAGAUUACCAAAACUGUACAAUAAUCUUGGUUUAGUAGAAAGUGCUUGGGAAAUCAGCCUUGAAGUUCAGUUAAAUUUUUUCUAAAUCUUAUUUCAAAAAAUAGCAAAACUUGCCUCUGUUAUUUGAUAAGUUAUUGCCCAGAGGUUUAAAGACGUAAACAACAAACUUUGCAGUAAGAUUACAGUAAUGUUAUUGGUUUUUAUUGGAAGAUUUUCUUAACAAAGGGGCUCUCCAAGAAGACACGAUGGUCGGAGAGAGAGCACACCCGGGGAGAGAGCACUCACUUUUAACAACAUUCGAGAAAUCAAGAACGAUGAAGCUUCUUUCUUUGAAUGUGGGACUUCUUCUCUUCUUUGCCAUCACCUAUGUAAACGAUGCCGUCAUCAUCAGACCCAGUCCUUGCGAAAAGUGCGAAAAAUGGUACCAGAAGGAGCUAAAAGACACUCGUUGGCUGAAGAAACUCAAUGAAGAAUUCAAAUGUCCAUGCAAGGUCAAGGUAGGACUUUUUUCCCUGACGCCAAUCGACAACCCUUCUUAUAAAGUGUGGCUACGAGACUCUUCCUGCUCUUUAAUGUACUUACCGUUGUGUGCGGUUUUCCACACGGGUGCCUAUGGCUGUAUCCGCUCAGAGGCUACAACUUCUGAUGGAGCAAGACAACAGUGCUGCUAUGAUAAGUCCGGUAGAAUUAUCAGACCGGGUUCAAGAGGUGCUGGUACCCCGGAUCGACGAUCCACUUUCUGGAAGCAUCAAACAGACGAUGUUGUACCGUUCAACAAUUGCUGCAUAUCCUGUUUCUUUUCAAAAAAGCAUUGUGAUUACUACAUCAACGGUGUACGAAAAGGCGAUGCCUCACAUUGUCCAGUCAAGGAUGAAGACACAGAUUGAAUCCAUAAUCGAAGAAAAAUGUAGUGACAGACAUUUUAUGCGUUCUACAAACAGUUUCAGUUUAUAGUUAUGUCAUUAUCAAAGCAUUACACAAA